AUGAACGAAUUCGCGACAAGGUGUGAAUCGGUGACCCCCAUGAGAGGUAAAUGUCAGCAUCACUUUUCGCUGCUCAUCGCUAGCACUACAAUCAGCAUUGUCAGGAUGUUUGCCUGUGGUACACUGACAGAGUCUCGGCUUCCUCACUGGUCAGUCAUGAGUGCUAACAACGCUUUCAACAGCACAAGCAACUUCACUUCCUUCCAUCAACAGGCUUUACCCUUAUCACCGCCACCCGAACCUCGCCCUGCACAUUUUGGACACAUGUCAACGCCCACUUCAUAUAACGGCGUAAGUGGUGCUCCCAACCCGUACCUUCAGCAUCACUACAACGCCUUCGCCAACGGCAUCGCAACGCCCAUGCUCUCUCCUCCGGCCGAGAAACCCGUCACGCCCCCGAAGGAACCGCACACAUCCACCUGGUGGAACAAUGCCGCUUAUGCUACUCCGCCGUCACAUGCUGCUUCCAACUACCACUUUCACCGUCACCAGUUAGACAGCCUUGGACUGGGUGGCGUGGCACACACCAACAUCGCCGCCGCUCUCCUCUCCGCUCAAUCAUCGGUCAGUGUUCGGCGUUGUCGACGAUGCCGUUGUCCUAACUGCCAGGAUACUUUGAGAGACAAUUCAUCUACCAAGAAGAGGGAGCACAUCUGUCAUGUUCCAGGAUGUGGCAAGGUCUAUGGCAAGACUUCUCAUCUGAAGGCACAUCUACUCUCACAUAGUGGAGAACGCCCCUUCGCGUGCAACUGGAUCUUCUGCAACAAGGCCUUUACUCGAUCCGACGAACUUCAGCGCCAUCUGCGAACGCAUACCGGUGAAAAACGUUUCCAGUGUGAGGAGUGUGGAAAACGUUUCAUGCGUUCUGAUCACCUGAACAAGCACGUCAAGACUCACGAGAACCGACGUGCCCGUGUUGCUUCUGCUUCUCCUCCCCAAGGUGACGACGUUGACGUAGAACUGUGUGAUGAUGAGAUGGAGGAGUUUCUUUCCGUUACUCUUCCAGACUCUCCCGUGUCUGAAGCGGAAUUUCAGGAGCCUAAUGAUGUGAACCUUAGACCUGUAACUUCUAAAUCAAUGUCACCUAAAUUCUAUCUUGUCGAAGGUGACGACGUUGACGUGGAAUUGUGUGAUGAGAUGGAAGAGUUUCUCUCUGUUACUCUUCCAGAUUCCCCCGUGUCUGAAACAGAUUUUCGAGAGGUUAAUGAUAUAAUGGGGAAUUCUGAGAACCACAUCGUCAACCAGUUUCGAUGA